GGCUGCCACACCUGUCAGCGAUGUGGCCUCCGAUUGCUGAGUGAGCAGCUGCUGCUGAUGGUCUUGGUGAAGUAAGAGCUGGAGAGAUAUAAAAUGAGACGAGAGGUCACUGUCGAGUUCAGUCGCUCCCUCAGCUCUGCCCGUCUCGUACCACAGUGUCUGAGGAGUCCAGGUGCCUCCUCUCAGCCGCCGGCCAUGGCUUUUGGAUGCCUUUUACGGGUUUUGUGGAUCUGUUUUUUGCACUUACCAGCCAUAAAAGGGUAUGGAUAUCCGUACAAGUCUGACUCGCUUAACAUAGGUGGACAUGUGGACGAUGAAGUGAUGCACUCCCUAUCCUUUAAUGACUGGCAAGCUUCAAAUGGCCAACCAACUGGACCUGCUUACACAAACUACAACAAGCCUUCAGCUGCACCGAAGCCAGGCUUGGUCCCAACUCAACAAAUAGUGCCUAGUGCUCCUGAGGUAGAGAGAGGUGGUGAGUCUAGGCACUGGGGCCUCGAAAACCUCAACGAGCCACUUACCUUUCCUUUAAGACCCAUCUACAGGCCAAGUGAUCCAGGAAACCCUCAGCCAGGUCCUAUCCAAUCUCAAACAUCACUUAAUGUUGACUAUUCAAACGGUAUGAAUGCCUCUCUAAGCACUGGUGGUGCUUCUCGGACUGGAAGUCCAAAUGCUGAGCCUGCUCCAUCUUACAAUUCGCAAGGGGAAAACUCUCCUCGUUUAAACACUUGGCAGCCUGAACCAGUUAACGGUGGUUAUGGUGCAGCUGGUUCCCUGACACAGGACUCCAACACUGGCUCCAGGACACGUGAACGUAGCACAAGAAAAGAGCCACAUCGUAUCUUUGAAGACGUCUUUCAAUAUCCCUCUGAAAAUACAGAGUCGUCUCCACGAUAUGACAACAUCUUCAAUAAUGCAGGAGGGUCUAGUCAAGCUAGUUAUGUGAGUAAGGGGUCUUCAACUGAAUAUUCCUCAGAGCCGUCAUUACCAAGUUACCCAGCUAAUGCAGGAGGUCCUCAUGUCCUUCCACCUGGGAAGGGAAGCUCAGUCUUCGGUCAAACAAGUUACCAACCACAUAAUGAGAAGACCCCUGCUUUAGGUCCACAAAAAACAGUAAUCCACACCCAGAGAGUGAGAGAACCGAGCCGCCCUCCUCCUCCUCCACCACCACCUUCAACCUACAUUAUCCAGUCCAGGAAUGGCUACAAGAGAGCCAGGAAACUCCUCAACAAGUCCAGAUACUCAAAAGAAUUUUUCCUGCCGAUGCCAGUCAGCUCGAUGGCUGUCAAAGGACUUGAACGGGUCAACCAGCUGCCCCCCAGAACAAAGGGGUAACCAACAAGGGUAUUGUGUCCAAAUAACAGAAUGAUGUGCCUCACAAAAUAAAAAAGCUUUUAAAUUUGAA